GUAUAGGUACAGAACAGGAAGUACACCGUGUCCAACAAAUACACUCUAAACAAGAUAUUUGUUUUAUUUUUCCUUUAUCACAGCUGUUGUCUGAAAUCCCUUAAACUGCAGCUUUGGUGAUUAUUUCGGUUUUAAUAAAGCUUGUUAAUUAAUCUUCAGAGGGCUGAGGAAAUCCUGCAGCCUGAGUUGUCAAACCCAAACACUGAGUGGUGAUUGAAUGAGCUGAAAAAUGCAUCUUGGCCAACCAUAAGAAAGGCUCUUUCACUUACUCAUAUUUGCAUGUGAGAAACUCAACCUUUGCACCUGAAAGUUACACUGUCGUAUUCGUUUUUGAGAUAUAUUGAAAGAUAUUUCCGGUUUACACCAAAUUAGGUUUUGUUUUCAUAGUUUUGGCCAUCAUUUGAUAACACAUUUGCUGGGAUAUGGGAACUAGGUGACAUUGCCACGGUGAAGUUUGUCUGUGCAAGAAACGUAAAGAUUGGAACGAUCACAUAAGUUGUAAACCUAAGCUGUGAAGCAGUUUAAAUCACUCUAUUUGGAGGUAAAAACAAAAGUGAGUGUAUCUGAAAUAUCUAUGAAAGAAAACUGUGCGUGCACAACUAGAAUAUGUGUGGUUGAUCAAAGAAGAACCAUGGAAUUAACCAGUAAACUCUGUCAGACAUUUACAACAGUCUUUUUCUUUUGGCUUUAUUUAAACCACAUUGAUCAUGUUACAGAUCAUGUUUUUUACACGUUUAGAAUUAAUGCUGUGAUGUUUCCACAUACCCAGAUGUUUCUGUUACAAAUAAGAGAGAAUAGCAAAAUUACAUAGUUAAGACCCAUGUUAUACUUAUCAACAAUUAUUCUUUAAUUAUAUUAUCAUUUUAUCUUUCUUUAAAAUUCAACCAGAGGGACUGACAGUGAAAUGAACGUCAUCCAGUUUCCUUACAUGUCUAGUGAUCUUGAUCAAUCUCAAACUUGUGUGUGUGUUGGGUGUUGGGUGUUGGGUGUUUGCACAUAUGGUUUGUCUCAUCUGAUAAGAAAUUCAAGAGAAGUCUUAACAGGAAGUCCAAUAAGAAAAAAAAGUGACAAAACUUUCUUUCACUUCUCAUAAAUCGCCCUGUUUUUCAAAAAAACAGCAGAAAACACAGAGAGAGAAGGAAUCGUGCUAACUGCUUUCCAGAACUGCUGUCUGUCAAGAAUCUUUACAGAAUGAAGAACACGUCUUGUCCUCGCAUCAGCUUUGACUUCACAGGCAGAUUCCUGCCUCCUGUUUUCAUCUCAGUAUUCAUCAUUGGUCUGGUUGCUAAUGGAUGGGGAUUGAAGACUUUGCUGCAGAAAUGGAAGAAACUAAAGAUCAUCAAUGUGUUUGUUCUCAACCUUGGACUUGCAGAUAUGUUGUAUCUGCUCACACUGCCAUUUUUGGUGGAUUACUACAUCAGGGACAGUCAGUGGAUCUUUGGAGAUGCAUUCUGCAAGAUAACAAGAUUCUGCUUCAACCUGAAUUUAUACGGCAGCAUUGGAUUCCUCACUUGUAUAAGUGUAUACAGGUACCUGGCUGUUGUUCAUCCAAUAAGAGUGAUAAGAUUAACUGUCACCCAUUCUGUGACUAUCUCAGUCAUGGUUUGGCUGUUGGUGGGUGUUCAGUGUCUUCCAGACAUGUUCUACACCAAAACAUUUGGGAACAAGCCUGGGAAAUGUUACGAGACCACCCAGAAAGCUUUUGUCGAGGAUUACCUGAAAUACAGCCUUGGAUGGACACUGACAGGGUUUUGUAUCCCAUUCCUCAUCACACUGGGCUGCUAUGGACAUGUGAUUGUUGUUCUCUGCCGCAAAAAUACAACCGACAAGGUACUGAAACAGAAAUGCCUGAAGUUGUUGUUUAUUUUGAUCCUUCUCUUCUCUGUUUGUUACAUCCCAUUUCAUGUGUUAAAGAACCUAAAUCUCUGGUCAAGAGUUCUGAGUAAGAUGCUUUGCCGUGAAUGGUCUAAUGGAGUUUACAUCGCUCAUCAGAUAAGUCGUGGCCUUGUGUGUCUGAACAGUGCUCUCAACCCUCUGGUUUAUCUCCAUGGAAAUGAGGAAAUUCCUGCUCAGCUCAGACAGCAGCUCCAGCAAGCUCAUCAGAUGUUCAGUCGUUUCCUUCCAUCAGACUCUGGCUCUGUGUCUGUAUCUGUGUCUGUGACACAGAUCUAAAUCUUAACACAAGUGAACAUGUUCCAUCGCAAUUCUGUGUUAAAAAAUAAUGUGUAAGAUGUGUGUAUAUGUAUAUAUAUUGUUUUUAUAAACAAAAAAUAGUCACCAGUCACCUUCCCCUUUUUUUGUGACUUCCAUAAUCUGAGCCAAUGCAUCAUACAAAUAAAUGAUUAAUUGAAAGAGAAAAAUAACAUUGUGAAGCUAAUUCAUGAUACACUUUAAUUACAUUUGUGAAAUUUGCAGAGAGAUAAUUUGUUGAAACUGGUUUUACAUGAAUUUGAAUUUCCAGCACAUCCCCACUCAU